AUGCCCAAAUCUUCUUUUCUGGCGCUCUGGAAGGAUGAGGGAGACUUGAGAAUCCAAUGUACUCCCCACACCACUCAUUGCGCUGCCCGGACCUCUGCAUCCAAUGCCAUUUGCCAAUCUUCCGCCUUCGCACUCUACAGGGAGGAGGGCAAGGGAGUCCUACAUACUCCCCGCACAACUCAUUGCACUGCCCGGACCUCUGUGUUCAAUGCCAUUUGCCAAUUUUCCACCUUUACACUCUACAGGGAGGAUGAGGGCAAGGGAGUCCUACAUACUCCCCGCACAACUCAUUGUGCUGCCUGGACCUCUGCUUCCAACACUAUUCCCCAAUCUCCCUCCUUAGUGCUUUGGAGGGAGGACAUUAGGUCUGGAGUCCUAGCUACUCCCCGCACCACUCAUCCCCAGUCGCAUAAGAGUUGGACAUAUGCUGCCAUAACUGCACUCAUGAAGACGCAUUAG